GUUCAUUUCAUUUCAUUCAUUUGUGUAUGUGGCAGCCGCGGGUGCAUUGUUCGUCAUUUCUCUAUACAAAUAAAAGAGUUAUUAUAUUCAUCUAGUUUUUCUUCAUGUAGAAUCAAAUUGGAAUAACACCGCGAUAUUAGAAGAUCGCUCGUAGGCCGUUUCGGUUUAGAUAGAGCAAAGAACCGUAGCAACCAUGGCUCAAGUUUUGCCGAUACGCUUUCAGGAGCAUUUACAGCUCACAAACAUUGGGAUAAAUCCGGCUUCGAUAUCCUUCAACACACUCACCAUGGAGUCGGACAAGUUCAUCUGUGUCAGAGAGAAGGUGGGUGAUACGUCAGAGGUGGUAAUCAUCGACAUGGCUGACCCCACCAAUCCCAUCAGGAGACCGAUCAGCGCAGAUUCUGCUAUCAUGAACCCAGCGAGCAAGGUCAUUGCAUUAAAAGGAAAGGCUGGAGUAGAAGCAGCGCAAAAGACCCUCCAAAUAUUCAACAUUGAAAUGAAAUCGAAGAUGAAGGCACACACCAUGACCGAGGACGUUGUGUUCUGGAAAUGGAUCUCACCGAACACCCUCGCCUUAGUCACGAAGAUGUCAGUCUAUCACUGGUCCAUGGAAGGCGACUCCACUCCUGUCAAGAUGUUCGACCGACACUCGUCGCUUGCUGAGUGCCAAAUCAUAAACUACAGGACAGACCCGAAACAACAAUGGCUGUUGCUUGUUGGCAUAUCAGCUCAACAGAACCGCGUGGUGGGAGCAAUGCAAUUGUACUCAGUGGAGCGCAAGUGCUCGCAGCCCAUAGAGGGCCACGCAGCUUCCUUCGCAACGUUCAAGGCGGAGGGAAACGCUGAACCGUCCACUCUCUUCUGUUUCGCCGUGAGGACUCCUCAGGGUGGAAAACUGCAUAUUAUUGAGGUGGGUCAAACCCCAGCUGGCAACCAGCCGUUCCCUAAAAAAGCGGUAGAUGUUUUCUUUCCCGCCGAGGCCCAGAGCGACUUCCCCGUGGCCAUGCAGGUGUCGCCGAAGUAUGACGUCAUCUACCUAAUCACAAAGUACGGCUACAUACACAUGUACGACAUCGAGACCGGCACCUGUAUCUACAUGAACCGUAUCUCAUCGGAUACUAUAUUCGUGACGGCGCCCCACGAGUCCACCGGCGGAAUAAUUGGUGUCAAUCGUAAAGGCCAAGUCCUCUCAGUGACAGUAGAAGAAGACUCAAUAGUUCCGUACAUUAACACGGUGCUGCAGAACCCUGAACUAGCGCUCCGCCUCGCCGUGAGGAACAACCUUGCCGGUGCGGAGGAGCUGUUUGUGAGGAAGUUUAACAUGCUGUUCACUAACGGCCAAUAUGGAGAAGCAGCUAAAGUAGCAGCCAUGGCACCCCGUGGUAUCCUCCGAACACCGCAAACUAUACAGCGGUUCCAGCAGGUGCCUACUCAGCCAGGACAGACUUCCCCACUGUUACAGUACUUCGGGAUAUUGCUAGACCAGGCGCAGCUGAACAAGUUCGAAUCCCUUGAAUUAUGUCGCCCUGUAUUGUUGCAAGGACGCAAACAGCUGCUAGAAAAAUGGUUAAAAGAAGAGAAGUUAGAGUGUUCUGAAGAGCUUGGAGAUCUUGUGAAGCAGGUUGACCCCACUCUUGCGUUAUCAGUGUACCUGAGGGCCAAUGUUGCAAGCAAAGUUAUUCAAUGUUUUGCUGAGACUGGCCAAUUCCAGAAAAUUGUUCUUUAUGCUAAGAAGGUUGGAUACACUCCGGACUAUAUUUACCUUCUCCGCUCCGUUAUGCGCACCAAUCCUGAACAAGGUGCCGGGUUUGCUGGCAUGCUGGUUGCCGAAGAUCCUCCAUUAGCAGACAUUCAGCAGAUUGUCGAUGUUUUCAUGGAGCAGAAUAUGGUGCAACAAUGCACUGCCUUCCUACUCGACGCUUUGAAGAAUAACAGACCCGAGGAGGGGCCCUUGCAAACCAGGCUGCUGGAGAUGAACCUGAUGUCGGCGCCGCAGGUGGCGGACGCCAUCCUGGGCAACGGCAUGUUCACGCACUACGACCGCGCACACGUGGCGCAGCUCUGCGAGAAGGCGGGUCUGCUGCAGCGCGCGCUGGAGCACUACACCGACCUCUACGACAUCAAGCGCGCCGUGGUUCACACCCACCUGCUAUCAGCUGACUGGUUGGUCAGCUACUUCGGGACAUUAUCUGUUGAAGAUUCGCUUGAAUGUCUCAAGGCUAUGCUCCAAGCGAAUAUCCGUCAGAACUUACAAAUCUGCGUACAAAUAGCGACCAAGUAUCACGAGCAGUUAACGACGAAGGCACUGAUUGAAUUAUUUGAAAGUUUCAAAACUUAUGAAGGACUCUUCUACUUCCUCGGAUCUAUUGUUAACUUCAGCCAGGAUUCAGAAGUUCAUUUCAAAUAUAUUCAGGCUGCCUGCAAAACGGGACAAAUCAAAGAAGUUGAGCGUAUUUGUCGUGAAUCGAACUGCUACAACGCUGAGAGAGUCAAGAACUUCCUGAAAGAAGCCAAACUGCCUGAUCAACUGCCUCUUAUCAUCGUUUGCGAUCGUUUUGACUUCGUGCAUGACUUAGUACUCUAUCUGUACAGAAACAGCCUGCAGAAAUACAUUGAAAUAUACGUGCAAAAGGUUAACCCGUCUCGCUUACCCGUAGUUGUCGGCGGUCUUUUAGACGUAGAUUGUGCAGAGGAUAUCAUCAAAAACUUGAUUCUCGUUGUACGCGGACAAUUCUCCACCGACGAACUUGUCGCUGAAGUCGAAAAGAGGAACAGAUUGAAGUUGCUCCUGCCUUGGUUAGAGACUCGCGUGCACGAAGGUUGCAACGAGCCCGCCACACACAAUGCCCUCGCCAAGAUCUACAUUGAUUCUAAUAAUAACCCUGAGAGGUUCCUCAAGGAAAAUCAAUGGUAUGACUCGCGCGUGGUGGGGCGCUACUGCGAGAAGCGCGACCCGCACCUGGCGUGCGUGGCGUACGAGCGCGGCCAGUGCGACCGCGAGCUGAUCGCCGUCUGCAACGACAACUCGCUGUUCAAGACGCAGGCGCGCUACCUCGUGCGGCGCCGCGACCAGGACCUCUGGCUCGAGGUGCUCGCCGAGUCCAACCCCUUCAAGAGGCAGCUCAUCGAUCAGGUGGUGCAAACAGCACUCUCAGAAACCCAAGAUCCAGAAGAUAUAUCUGUGACUGUAAAGGCGUUCAUGACAGCUGACCUGCCCAAUGAACUAAUUGAGUUGCUUGAGAAGAUUGUUCUAGAUAAUUCCGUUUUCUCAGAUCACAGAAACCUACAGAACUUGCUGAUAUUGACAGCUAUCAAGGCGGACCGCACUCGCGUUAUGGAAUACAUCAACCGCUUGGACAACUAUGACGCUCCCGACAUCGCAAACAUCGCUAUCAACAACGAACUGUAUGAAGAGGCUUUUGCAAUCUUUAAGAAAUUCGACGUCAACACCUCAGCCAUACAAGUGCUGAUAGAUCAAGUGAAAGACCUUAAACGCGCUUAUGAAUUCGCUGAACGUUGCAACGAGCCCGGAGUCUGGUCUCAGCUUGCUAAGGCGCAACUACAACAGGGGCUGGUGAAAGAAGCCAUCGACUCGUAUAUCAAGGCUGACGACCCAUCCGCCUACAUGGACGUUGUGGCAACCGCCACUAAGCAGCAAUCGUGGGAGGAUCUCGUGCGCUAUUUGCAGAUGGCACGCAAGAAAGCCCGCGAGUCGUACAUCGAAUCCGAACUUAUCUACGCAUACGCUCGCACCGCACGUCUGGCUGAUCUCGAAGAAUUCAUUUCGGGACCAAACCAUGCGGACAUUCAAAAGAUUGGUGAUCGUUGCUUCGAUGAUAAAAUGUACAAUGCGGCUAAGUUGUUGUACAAUAACGUCAGCAACUUUGCUCGCUUAGCCAUUACAUUGGUGCAUCUUAAGGAAUUCCAAGGUGCGGUGGACAGCGCUCGCAAAGCGAACUCGACGCGCACUUGGAAGGAGGUGUGCUUCGCGUGCGUAGACGCGGGCGAGUUCCGACUGGCGCAGAUGUGCGGCCUGCAUAUCGUUGUGCACGCAGACGAGCUCGAGGACCUCAUUAAUUACUACCAGGAUCGAGGCCACUUCGAUGAGCUGAUCAGCUUGCUGGAAGCAGCUUUAGGCUUGGAAAGAGCCCACAUGGGAAUGUUCACAGAACUCGCCAUUCUUUAUUCAAAGUUCAAGCCUGGCAAGAUGCGCGAACAUUUGGAGCUGUUUUGGUCACGAGUCAACAUACCGAAGGUUCUACGUGCAGCAGAGCAGGCGCAUCUGUGGUCCGAACUUGUAUUCCUUUACGACAAAUACGAAGAAUACGAUAACGCGGCGCUUACUAUGAUGCAGCACCCAACUGAGGCUUGGCGCGAGGGUCACUUCAAAGACAUUAUCACUAAGGUUGCCAACAUGGAGCUCUACUACAAAGCUAUUCAGUUCUAUCUCGACUACAAGCCCCUCCUGCUGAACGACCUCCUCCUAGUACUGGCGCCGCGUAUGGACCACACGCGCGCCGUCGCGUUCUUCACCAAGGCUGGACACUUGCAACUCGUUAAAGCCUACCUGAGAUCUGUCCAAAGUCUCAACAAUAAGGCGGUCAACGAAGCUCUCAACUCUUUACUUAUUGAUGAGGAAGAUUACCAGGGUCUGCGAACAUCGAUAGAUGCUUUCGACAAUUUCGACACUAUUGCGCUGGCGCAGCAACUAGAGAAACACGAACUCACCGAAUUUAGACGAAUCGCUGCUUACUUAUACAAAGGCAACAACCGGUGGAAGCAGAGCGUGGAAUUGUGCAAGAAGGAUGCUUUAUACGCGGACGCUAUGGAGUACGCGUCUGAAUCUCGCCAGCCGGAAGUGGCGGAGGAACUGCUCGACUGGUUCUUGGAAAGAAAUAACUUUGAGUGCUUCUCUGCUUGUCUUUAUCAGUGCUAUGACCUCCUGAAACCUGACGUCGUAAUCGAACUCGCGUGGAGGCACAAUAUCAUGGACUUCGCCAUGCCAUACCUUAUUCAGACGGUACGCGAAUUAACGACAAAAGUAGAAAAGUUAGAAGAAGCAGACGCCAAACGCAGUACAGAGAGUGCUGAACAAGAAGCCAAGCCCGCUAUGAUCAUGGAACCUCAGCUUAUGCUCACAGCUGGUCCGUCCAUGCCGUACCCGGGCGUGCCGGCGCAGGCGUCCCCCUACGCGUACGCGGCGCAGGCCCCGUCGCCCGCGCCCUACCACGGCUACGGCAUGUAGGGAACCGCCGCCCCGACCUGGGGAGCGUACGCGCGCUUCUGAGCGCCCGCACUCGCCGACACCGGGGACCGCCGACAUUACCGACACGCCGACGCUGAACUCA